AAGCUCACCUAGGCUGCGUAGGUGUUUGCUACAUAAAUCUGUAUAAAGAGGUAUCGAUAGCUUUAUCGAUAAUGCAUGAAAUUUGAGCCGCCUGAGGGCAUUGAAGACCCGCCCGGCGGCCGCAAUCUCAAGAAGAUCGCGAAUCGACGGUCGUGUACGCGAAGGGCAGUAGUCGCGACACGAUGUCCAGAUCUCAAUUAAUCCAGCCGAUACGGCACUCUUUAUUGAGGCCACUGGCUCCCCGGCCUCGGAAUGCCUUCAUUGGCUCGGUCACCCGAUCUAUGGCUGAUAUACCAAAACCAGAGGAGAAACUUUCCAGCUUGCCUGGGCAACAUAAAGAACUACCAGUCCCCUUCCCCAUGACCAACGAACUACUCCACCAAGACGAAGAAAACCAAGUCCGCCUCCCUCGCUCCGUCCAAGCCCUGUACCUGCAGCCUCUCCGGCGAGAAGCCGAGUUCGGCGUGCCGACAUGCGACCUGCAGCUCCGAUCCUACAGCGUACCUAAUCUCGAGUUCUUCUGCGACUUCGCCCUGCGAGCGGCGUACUACCUGCACCUACCGGCGUUCGGCCCCGUGCCGCUACCACGCAUCACAGAACGCUGGACUGUGCCGAAGUCUAGUUUCAUUUUCAAGAAGUCGCAAGAAAAUUUCGAGCGUGUGACGCUGAGACGGCUGAUCCAGAUCCGCGAUGGGCACCCAGAGUCCGUCCAGAUCUGGCUGGCUUUCCUGCAGAAGCAUGCGUACUAUGGUAUUGGAAUGAAGGCGAACGUGUGGGAGUUUAGCAAGAUUGGUGUUGGCAAAGAUAUGGAUUCGCAACUGCCGUCUAUGCAAGAAGCUAUCGAUGAGAAGAUGAAGCACCUCGGACGGGACAAGGUUGCUGAUACUGUUGAGAAGGUCAAGGAGUUAUUGGAGAGUGAGCGGUUCAGGCACCGUGGUGGUCCGGGAAUACCUGCUUAUGGAUUGUCCCAUGGACCCCAGAAGGUUCAUGAAGGUACUUGAACGCGUGCCAUAUUGACUAUCAACAUAGAUGUAUAAAAUCUGUAUCAUUGUCGCAUACAAGACUCGGCUUGACAAAAGGGAUCAUGGAGACGACUUCAGGUCAACCGAUCAUUCGUACACUAAGGCCUCUUCAGGCUGUACUUAUUCGGUAGAGACACUAGAAGCCUAUACAUAGAAAAUUCGAGGUUGGAAGAAGGAAUGUCGCAGCUGACAUGUAGUUGGGUCACUUUGACAAAAUGACAUGCUCCAUAAUAAUGCUCCAGGGUAACUUACGUCGAUGUGGCCUGAGCUUUGAUUCCCUCAAUUCUCAC